AUGGACAACGGCACGGCCCGCCCGGGCCCUGCGCUGGGCCCCCCCGGCGGCAACCAGACCCUGGGCAAGAUGCCCCAGCCCCCUCUGGAGCUGCAGGUGGUGACCAUCCUGCUGGUGCUGCUCGUCUGCGGGGUGGGCAUCGCGGGCAACGCGAUGGUGGUGCUGGUGGUGCUCCGCACCAAGCACAUGGUGACCCCCACCAACUGCUACCUGGUGAGCCUGGCUGUGGCCGACCUCAUCGUCCUGCUGGCAGCCGGGCUGCCCAACAUUUCAGAAGUGGUGGCUUCUUGGGUGUAUGGCUAUGUCGGCUGCCUUUGCAUCACCUAUUUGCAGUACCUGGGCAUCAACAUCUCAGCCUGGUCCAUCACCGCUUUCACGGUGGAGCGCUACAUCGCUAUCUGCCACUCCAUCAAGGCGCAGCUCCUGUGCACCGUGUCCCGAGCCAAGCGCAUCAUCUCCUCCCUGUGGCUCUUCACCUCCCUCUAUUGCCUCAUGUGGUUCUUCCUGGUGGACACGUCCCAGGUCACCUUUUCGGAUGGGGCGCAGGUCAGCUGUGGCUACCGGGUCUCCAGAAACCUUUACAUGCCCAUUUAUUUCUUGGACUUUGCUGUCUUCUACAUCAUCCCGUUGGGGCUGGCAGCUGUCCUCUAUGGGCUCAUUGCCCGCAUCCUCUUCAUGAGCCCGCUGCCCGCCACGCUGCAGCACGCCUGCCUGGGCUCCACGCACCAGGGCGGCUCCCGCAACCUCCCCUGCCGGGGCAACAAGGGGGCCCUGAGCUCCCGCAAGCAGGUGACCAAAAUGCUGGCUGUCGUCGUGGUCCUCUUUGCCCUCCUGUGGAUGCCUUAUCGCACGCUGGUGGUGGUGAACUCCUUCAUGGACCCUCCGUACCUGAACAUCUGGUUCCUCCUGUUCUGUCGGAUGUGCAUUUACCUGAACAGUGCCAUCAACCCCAUCAUUUACAACCUGAUGUCCCAGAAAUUCAGGGCUGCUUUUAGAAAGUUAUGCAAGUGUGAACCGAAGAGCACUGAGAACCAUCCCCCGUACGCUGCCCCGGUGUACUACAGCGUUAUGAAGGACUAUUCUCACAACAGCUCCGAUCACAACGCUACUGAACAGGAAGAUCUCAACGGUCUCCCUGCACUGGCAAAGAAAAGCAAGCCUGCCAAAGAAGCACCAGGACCCUGAAACAACCCAGGCAGUGGGAGCUAUGUGGCUGUGUGCACUGUGUUGGGAAAGCGCCAACAGAAAUUGCUUUGGCAUUGCAGCAAGCUUAAUUUAAUACCUCUCUAGGGCAUUUAAAACAGAUUCUUACAGGCAAAAUAAUUUGCUUUUCCUUAAUGCUAAUUUAUUCUCGCUUGGUGAAGUGGUAGGCACAGGUCAAUGUUUAGCAUCUUUAAAGAAUCUACAGUUAAAAACAGCAUUGCAACGCCAUUCUGUGUUAUGUGCAAAUGCAGCUACUUGCUCAGUUGGGCCACGGUGCUGAAAGGAAAUCCAGAAAGAGAAAAGCUUGCCUGGAAAAAGCCCUUUCUACCGGACCAGUUUUUUUUAUAGGGUGGGAUUCACUCAUCCAGAUUUAGAUGCCUAUAACAUAAACUCCCAUGUGAGCUGCUCCACUAGAAUCCUGCUAUAGUUAACGGAGAUAAUUAGGUGCUUCCAGAAAGCGGCUCGUCUCACCUCAGGGUAGUCUGAGGAAGGUACCUGCCUUAGGAGAUUCCUCCUCCAGCCAAGUGACUCCCUAGAGGUGACUGUUUCUCUCCGCUGACUGUAAAGGAACCAAGCUGACCGUCUCAGAUGGAGAAUCCUGUUUGCAGGUCUGACACUGGCUGUCCUGACUCUCACCCCUGACUCUCACUUCUGGGAAUGCUGCCGUGCUGGGAGCAUGUAAACCCAGGGUCCAGACUGGCUGCAUCUGUUACAGGAAAAGCAAGAAACUAAUACUAACUGAGCGCUCCUUAAGACAGUAGUAAUAUUUCCAACAUCUUAGUCUAAUUUUUUCUGCAUAAUUUUAUCUUUUCUGCCUGAAUUCCUGCAGUUGUUCCAGUGGGACAUUGCAGCUCUGUUCCGCUCGACGCGGUGCGGCAGCACACCGCUGCUCAGGUGCCGUGCUCUGCCCCAGGUAUAGUUGCAUUACAGUGGCAGGUGAAGCAAUUUGCUUAUUUUCUGAGAAGAACUUGUGAAAAUUUGUAAAGUGUUUUGUGAUAAGUGACAGUCUAAUACAAGACACUAACAAUACACAUUGAUGUUACAAUCUAAUAAGCAUAGUGGAUGCUCAUUACCCAACACAUUCAAGAAACCAGCCCAAGGACACUUGCCCCAGACUUGCAAGAGACUAUCUCGACUAGGAGUAAAAUGUAAAAGAUUACAUGUGAACCAAAUGCUAAGGCUCUUGCCAAAUAAAAUAAAUGUCAGCCACCAGUAACCCUGAAGUGACUAAAAAAUUCUUCCCAGAACAGUUAAUUCAGCCUCACUAUUUAACGUUGUUUUUAGCGUUAAUUUAGCAUUAAAUGAUCUUACAAUUUUACUUCCA